CUUCUCGGGCCGCCUCGGCCCGGCUGCGCGCCGGGAGCCCUCGGGGUCGAGUCCGCGUCUUCACUUUGUGUCGGGGCUCCGGCGCCGGCCCCGGUGGGGGGACCCCGGAACCCUGCCAAUGGCCGGGCGCUUCCUGCUUCCUGGUCCCCGCGGCGGCGGCGGCGGCGGCGGCGCAGCCAGAACAAAGUAAGAGAAGUUGAAGUCAAAGACCAUGGGAGAUACGGCGAAACCUUACUUUGUGAAGCGCACUAAAGAUCGUGGAAUUACUGAUGAUGAUGAUUUCAGAAGGGCUCAUCCCCAACAAGAUUAUUUAAUAAUGGAUGAUUAUGCUAAAGGCCAUGGCAGUAAAACGGAAAAAGGCCUUCCCAAAAAAAAGAUAGCGCCCGGGAACUAUGGGAACACCCCCAGGAAAGGACCGUAUGCGGUUUCCAGCAACCCGUAUGCAUUUAAAAACCCAAUUUACAGUCAGCCUUCUUGGAUGAAUGACAGCCACAAGGAUCAAAAUAAGAGAUGGCUGCCCGAUGAACUUACCGGUAAUGCCGAUGGCUGGAGAGAGUUCAAGCCUGGGCCCAGGAUUCCUACCAUUAGCCGUUCGAGGAGAGAAUCCUUUCAAGAAAGUGAGGAUGGCUACAGGUGGCAGGAUGGACGUGGCUGCAGAGCAGUCAGGAGGCUGUUUCAGAAGGACCUCACCAGCCUAGAAGCCCUGUCGGAAGCGGACGCAGGAAGUCCCGAAAACAAGAAACAGCGGUCCAGACCUCGGAAGCCCCGGAGGCCUAGAAAUGAGGAGGGCGAACAGGAUGGAGAGUUGGAAGGUCCUGUGAUUGAUGAGUCUGUACUUUCAACAAAGGAACUUCUGGGCUUACAUCAGGCUGAGGAACGACUAAAGAGAGACUGCAUCGACAGGCUGAAAAGGCGACCACGAAAUUGCCCUACAGCAAAGUACGCCUGCAAGCUGUGCGAUGCUCUGAUGGACUCCAUCCCGUUCGCUCACAAGCACAUGAAGGAGAAGAGGCACAAGAAGAACCUCAAGGAAAAGCAGGAGGAAGAGUUGCUCACCACGCUGCCCCCGCCAGCGCCUUCCCAGAUAAAUGCAAUUGGCAGUGCCAUUGACAAAGUGGUGCAGGAGUUUGGUUUACACAAUGAAAGCUUGGAUCAGAGGCUAGAGAUUAAGCAUGCCAUGGAAACUGUGUUCCAGCACAAACUACCAGACUGUUCUCUUAGGCUGUACGGGUCUUCCUGCAGCAGACUCGGCUUCAGAGACUCAGAUGUGAACAUUGACGUUCAGUUCCCAGCUAUCAUGUCUCAGCCAGAUGUCCUCUUACUUGUUCAAGAAUGUUUAAAGAACAGUGAUGCCUUCACUGACGUUGAUGCCGACUUCCACGCCCGAGUGCCCGUGGUGGUGUGCAGAGAUAAGCAAAGUGGUCUUCUUUGUAGAGUGAGUGCGGGAAAUGAAAACGCUUGUCUGACCACGAAGCACUUAGCAGCUCUUGGAGAACUAGAGCCGAGGCUGGUUCCUCUGGUGAUGGCAUUUAGACACUGGGCAAAGCUUUGCAGUAUCGAUCGCCCUGAGGAAGGAGGCCUGCCACCAUAUGUGUUUGCCCUGAUGGCUGUUUUCUUUCUUCAGCAAAGGGAAGAGCCCCUCUUGCCAGUUUACCUAGGAUCAUGGAUUGAAGAAUUCUCAUUAAAUAAAUUAGGGAAUUUCAGCCUCAAAGACAUUGAGAAAGACUCUGUGAUCUGGGAGUACACUGAUGACACCACAGGGGGCGCCAGCGCUACCAAAGAGGAGGCACCCAAGGAGGCCGCAGCCAAGAAGGGGCAGGUGCCAUUGACAUUUAAUGUAAAACACCAGCCUUCGGUGCCAGUUGGGCAGCUCUGGGUGGAAUUGCUGCGCUUCUAUGCCUUAGAGUUUAAUCUGGCUGAUUUAGUGAUCAGUAUUCGUGUCAAAGAAUUGGUGUCCCGGGAAUCAAAGGACUGGCCCAAAAAGCGCAUCGCUAUUGAAGACCCCUAUUCUGUUAAAAGAAACGUGGCAAGGACCCUGAAUAACCAACCUGUGUUUGAGUACAUACUUCAUUGUUUGAGGACAACAUACAAAUAUUUCGCUCUUCCACACAGAGUUACAAAACCCAACCUUGCAAAGCCUACUAGCCCCAUUACCCGUGUUUCAGACCCAUACAAAGAAGCAAGAAAUUGUGGCCCAAAGCUCCAAGCAACAGAUGCAGAUACACUGGGGAAAGCAGCCAUGGCUCGAGGUCCUGGUGUCCCCACCUCAGGUGACUGCAAGGCUCAACCACUUAAGAAUGCCGCCGAGCAGUUGGGAAGCCCACCAGAGGAGAUCGGAAGUGUGCACACCCAAAUGCACCAGGACAGCUCUGGCUGUGUCCAGGCAGAGGUCAUUUGUGAGGGUUGUGAGGGUGCCACAACACAGCAUCAGCAAACAGGAAGUGACAAGGGGAAAGCCGGAAGGAAGGUGGGGCACCUUUUGAGCAGCAAUGACCAAGGUUUAAGCAGCAGCCGCCAGCCAGAACUUGAGAACUGUGGCAGCCUUUGUGGUCUGCAGGCAGACAACACUCUGGAGUUAGUGGGGCUCCGGAACCCUGGAGCUAGGGAGUGUGACAGCCGUGCCCCUUUGGGUGACAAGGCCGAUGUAGAUGAAGAAGACACACUAGGCGCUGCGGAAAUGAAAGAGCCUCGGAAUCGCCGUUCCCCUCUAGUCCGGGGCCAGGCGUCAGCAGCCAUGCACUUUGAUGACGAUGAGGAGGACGACGAUGACGACGAGGAGGAGGAGGAGGAGGAAGAGGAGGAGGAGGAAGGGGAGGAGCCCAGGCUCAGCAUUAACCACACAGAAGAUGAGGAGGGGGUUGUUCGUGAACAUCAGGAGGACAGCAGGCACACUGGGUCGGGUGAGGAGGAUGCUGUCUCUGAAGAGGAUGACUUGGCUGAGCCUGCGGGUGAAGAUGUGAGAGAGUGUGGAGAGCACACGGGUGGGACUCUGCUCGAAGACCUCAACAGAAUAAGUCUUAACGAAGAAAGCUUCCCUGAGGAAAGUUCACCCGGUGGCCAGUCCGACUUCUAUGAGUUUAGAAAACUGACCUUCACCAAAGGCAAGUCUCCCACCGUAGUGUGCAGCUUGUGUAAGCGAGAAGGCCAUCUAAAGAAGGACUGCCCCGAGGACUUCAAGAGGAUCCAGCUGGAACCUUUGCCACCACUGACUCCCAAGUUCUCCAGUAUCCUAGACCAAGUUUGCAUCCAGUGCUACAAAGAUUUUUCUCCAACUCUUGUAGAAGAUCAGGCUCGUGAACAUAUCCGGCAAAAUCUAGAGAGUUUCAUAAAACAGGACUUUCCAGGAACUAAAUUGAGCUUGUUUGGCUCCUCCAAAAAUGGAUUUGGGUUCAAACAGAGUGACCUUGACGUCUGUAUGACAAUUAACGGACAUGAGACUGCUGAGGGGUUGGACUGCGUACGGACCAUUGAGGAGCUGGCAAGAGUCCUCAGGAAGCACUCAGGGUUGAGGAACAUCCUGCCCAUCACAACAGCAAAGGUGCCCAUUGUGAAGUUCUUCCAUCUAAGAAGUGGUCUGGAGGUCGACAUCAGCUUGUAUAACACACUGGCUCUUCAUAACACAAGACUCUUGUCUGCAUACUCAGCCAUUGACCCCAGAGUGAAAUACUUGUGCUACACCAUGAAAGUGUUCACAAAGAUGUGCGACAUCGGUGACGCGUCCCGAGGCAGCUUGUCAUCCUAUGCGUACACGCUAAUGGUGCUAUAUUUCCUUCAGCAGAGGUCUCCACCUGUCAUCCCUGUGCUUCAAGAGAUAUACAAAGGUGAAAAGAAACCAGAAAUACUUGUUGACGGCUGGAAUAUUUACUUUUUUGAUCAAAUAGAUGAAUUGCCCACUUGUUGGCCAGAAUAUGGAAAAAAUACAGAAUCUGUUGGGCAGCUGUGGUUGGGACUUCUCCGUUUCUAUACGGAGGAGUUUGAUUUUAAGGAACAUGUGAUCAGCAUCAGAAGAAAAAGUCUGCUCACGACCUUUAAGAAACAAUGGACCUCAAAAUACAUCGUUAUUGAAGAUCCCUUUGAUUUGAACCACAAUCUUGGUGCUGGAUUAUCAAGAAAAAUGACAAAUUUUAUAAUGAAAGCUUUUAUCAAUGGUAGAAGAGUAUUUGGAAUUCCAGUCAAAGGAUUUCCAAAGGACUACCCUUCAAAAAUGGAAUACUUUUUUGAUCCAGAUGUCCUAACUGAGGGAGAACUGGCUCCCAAUGACAGGUGUUGCCGAAUCUGUGGAAAAAUCGGACACUUCAUGAAGGACUGUCCCAUGAGGAGAAAAGUGAGGCGACGGCGAGACCAGGAAGAUACCCCAAACCAAAGAUACUCCGAGAACAAAGAAAAAAGAAGUAAAGAGGACAAAGAAAUUCCGAACAAGUAUACAGAAAAGGAGGUGUCAACAAAAGAAGACAAGCCCACACAGUGCGCAGCUUCAAAAGCAAAGCCAUCGAGGGCAGUUGUAGACCUGGGGCGGGAGAAGAUUCUCAGGACACCUGUGGAGAAAUGGAAGAGACAGGAUGACAAAGACUUAAGAGAAAAACGUUGUUUCAUCUGUGGAAGAGAAGGGCACAUUAAAAAGGAAUGCCCACAGUUCAGAGGCUCUCCAGGUGUGUGUAAGUCAGAUUAUGUGUCUGGAUACCCUUCACCUAGUCCUUUGAGACCAGUUGCUCAGGCAGAGCUUUUACAUGAAGACAAAAAGAAACAAAAAACAACCAUAUUUUUGAGUCCCCAGUCAGGUAGCCUUUCCAGUAAAUACAUGACUCAGGGGAAACCCUCAGUGAAGAGGACCCAGCAAGAAUCAUGAGGGAAGGAAACACAGCCCUGGAAAUGGCCACUCAGGCUCCCCAUCCACUUGGAAAAUUAGGUUCACUUCACAGGACAUAGCAACACAGAUCAGGCUUCAACGGAACAGUUGAGGGAGAUGUCGGAAUUUUUAAAAUUUUAAUGAAAUUGUUAAUGAGGAAAAGAAAUUUUUUUAAACACAGUCUUAACAUCAGUCCCCACAGAUUUGAAGAAUUUCAUAGAAAGCCAUGAUGUAUUUAGGCCAGCUUGAGAGAAAAGAAAUGUAACUGUGGGCCAGUAUUCAGGGACUACAGUGUCUGUCGUGCUUUUUAAUUCUUUCAAAGCACACUAAAACCAGUGUGCUGUUCAGGGGAGGCGUUAGCCUCCUUCCCCUCCACACCCCUUUUUGAUUUCCAAGAGGGGAUUCUGUUUGCUGCGGACCCUGGUGUGGACACACAUCAGACACGUGUGGACCGUGCUGCUGUACCUCUGCGAGCAUUCUCCAUGGCUCCUGGUGGAAGUGGGAACACAGAAUGCAGGCACCUGUGGCGUGGGCCUCUGUGGCCUCCGGCACCACUGACAGAUCUCUGGGGCUUCCUUCUCUAAGUGACAUAGAACUGUUGUGCUCAUAAAAAUGAAGUCAUGAAAACAAGUAGUCCUAUUUGCUGGUUUUUAAAAAAGGACAUUUCAAGGGGGAAACGAGAGAAUAAAAAUGCUUUUUACUUUUUAUGAUACUCAGAAAUUAGGGUGGAGCGCUCUUACAAACCUCUGGAGAUCAAAGAGGCUGCUGCCUGCCAAUCACAAGUAUGACUGGCACCCUUCUGGAUCUGACUGGAGCCAUCUCUGAACUGUUUCUCUAACUUCACAAGCCUUUCUGAAAUAGUACGUCGUCAGAACUAUGCCUCAGUUUAUUUAUCAUUUUAAAAUAAAAAUCAAACUUUCGACCUGUAA